GUCCGAAGAUUCAAAUUCAAAAUGGCUAGAAACGGCUAAAAAGAAGCCAAUAAAAGGCUACAUCUGAAUCAUCUCCACCAAAAAUUAUCGGCCGUCAAUUCUAUAUCUGCGUCGUUUGCUAUUUUUAUUUUUCUUCGUAAUUGCCGUCAUAAAGAGAUAAUUAUGUGAAAUUCCAGAGUAACAAGCUUAGAGUUUCAAAGUGCCAUUCAGAAUAGCUUAAUUUAGAGGGAAAAAAGCUAAGCUGGCAACUCUGACUUAAAGCUCGGAUAAAAUUCAAAAUAAAUUAAAUUGGAACACUUAAUGCUCUGCAGCACAAACCAAAAUGCUUUCCAAUCUCCUAGUGACCCAGCAAAAGGUGGUCCUGAUAAUCGAUGAGCUAAAUCGGGAGCGCCUCGCGCCGAAGUUCAUCGAUGGCCUGUUGCAUGAGCAGGGUCAGGAAGCGGACACCAUCAAGGCCUUGCCCACGGGCGCCAAUCUGAAGCACGUGUCCAGCUUCAAUGCCCUGAUCACGGAGUGUGCCACCAACAGUGUCUCCGGCACCACGACGCAGGCGGCAGAUGAGCAAACAGUGGGUUGUCCGGGAGCCAAACCCGCUGGCUACAACAUCAUCCUGCCUACUCUGGCCGACCUACUCUGCUACCAGCCACCCGCCUUUGUCUUUGGCUUCCUGAAUCGUCUGCGUCGCUCUGAGGAAGUCCGCCGCGUCUUCCUCUGGGCCUCUCCGAAGCACUUGCAGCACCCCGAUGCCACCUAUAUAUUGGCUGGUUGCGAGUACAUUGCCGAACUGGUACUGCGCCUGGAAACCGACACGCUCCUAUCUCUCAUCUCACGCAAGCCUGGCGGCGGCGUGACCAACAAACGCUACUCCUGCAAAGUGACUAAAAACGAGUUUCAGGUAACGCCUCUGGAUGGAGGGCCUGCAGCCCCAGCGCCCCAAUUGUCUGCCGAGGAGGAGCAGACACCCGAGCCGGUCAACAGCACCUUUAAGAUAGAGCUGGACGAGGACGAAGUGGUGGCCCGCAACGCCCUUACUUUGCCCUACGAACGCGCCAGUGAACCGUCCGAGGGAAACAUCAUCUACACCCCCGAUGCCGACGACGACUUUGACGAGGAGGAUCCCGACGAGGACCUGUGCAUCUAGGCAGUCGUCAGCCGAGAGUAGUCGGCGGCCGAACGGCAGUACAAACGUAGGGCUUUAAGUCAACUUAGGUCUAACCUCAAAACCGAUACCUGGAAUUCCAGCCCCAAGCUCCCUGGAUGCAAAUCAAUUGGAAUCUGUCGAAGACCACAUCUCUAGUACAUGUAGAAUUGCUCAUUUAUUUUUGGAUAAUUUGAUAUGUGAAAUAAACGCGAGAAAUCGAAGAAGAAA